AAGACAAGUUUGGCUGAACAGUAGAACAAGAAGUUGGCAGCAGGAAGCUUUUGCUGUGAAGUUUUCCAAGGUUCUUAAAUGGAGGCAGAUUAAAGCAUUCCAACCUUCCUACGCCGUCGUUGUUUUGGACGACACAUCCUUUAUUAUUCUUCAGUAA